CAUCAAAAGUACAGACAUUCGUCAAUUGAUCGUCAAUUCCCUCCAUGUCUCAUCACCCCCACCGAUUUCUCCAAAAAACAGACCUUCUAUUGUUUAUUUAUUUUACCGUCAUCCGUGUACACAAAGAGUGAAGUAGGUUGAAGUGCGCAGAGGCAGAACAUCUGCUGGUCUGCGUGUCCAAGCUCUUCCCCAAAGCGUUGAAAAAUUUCCCUGAAUUGUCGAUAAAAACUCGGAAAAAACUACGUGAAACGACAGAAACGGAGAAAACAUCAUUCAGUCAUCAGCUGGGGUUGAUGGUGGUACAGUGGACACCUGAGGAAAAGGCCACAGAGUUUUUGAACGGUGGGAUUGCCAAGCGGCUGUGACGAAAGAGCUGUGACGAGCAUGAUGGCGGAUAAGGAAACACAACCAAUGUCACGAUUACUCAAAAUCGCCAACAAGUUCAACUGUUUUUACCUGUCAGGCUUCCACGCAGGCAAAUGCAGGGCAUUUGUCGUCGAUGGACAACAGGUGGGACUCGUUCGAUCUGAUGUGAUGAAGGAAUUGGUGAAUUACCCACAAGUAUUCGAAAUUCAGCCAGAUUAUGUACAACUGAAUCCUGCGUUUCGUGAAUAUGCUGAGAGGAGUGCACGUAUUGAUGAAGUAUUGAGAGAGUGGAAGGCUAGUGGCAAAUUUGUGACCCUCAGGGGCUGGAGGGAAGAGCGUUAUGCGGUUCGGGCUCAAUUCAACACUAAACCUCUAUUGGAAAUGGAUCGUUCUGCGACUAGCCUAUUUGGAAUAAGAAAAUAUGGAGUAGACAUCAAUGGGUACGUGAUGGAUCCAGUGAAAGGCUUGUCGAUUUGGCUCCAGAAGCGCAGUCCCACCAAACAAACAUGGCCCGGCUACUGGGACAACAUGAUCAGUGGGGGCCUGAGCGUCGGGUUUGGGAUCAACGAAACAGCCAUCAAAGAGGCCGGCGAAGAGGGCAGCAUCCCAACUAGUUUACUCGCCAAUCUCAAGAGCACUGGAUGUGUCUCACUCUUCUUCGAGAGCGAAAGAGGCCUAUUCCCUAAUACAGAGUUUGUUUUCGAUCUUGAAUUACCACCGGACUUCGUACCCAGCAAUAGUGAUGGUGAAGUUGAGAUGUUCGAGUUGUUACCAGUUAACGAAUGUAUCGAGAGGAUACUGUCACCACAUUUCAAGACUACAUCGAUUCCAGUUGCACUUGAUUUUUUGAUCAGACAUGGGUAUAUCACUCCUGAAAAUGAAAAUUUUUAUAGAACUGAAAUUUAUCAAAUUUGAGCAGCAACUAGAAGAAUCAAUAUUUAUACCGAAGAGCCAAAUUUUUUAGAAAUUGUGGAGCUGCUUCACGUUCCCCUGCAAACAAUGUACAGUUACGUACACAAGUCGAAGCCUAAUAAAAUUGCUGCCAAUGGUGAGACAAACAACACUCUGCAAUGAGUCGACCAGCCCUAACGAAUAAACAUUCUAGAGUCUAAUUUGAAGUGUUCGAGGUUAAUUAAUUGAAUUCGUUUUUUCUUCAGCCAAAUGAGCUUGAAUUGAACUGAUUUCCCAAUUGAUCUAAUUGGGUCAAUCGAUAUUGAUUUGUGGAGGAAAACUGUCAUUAUGUGAUCCAAGUUGUAAUAAUUCUGUUUAAAUAGUUGAAAAUGAUAAUGGAGUGAGAGCUUUUCAUACACAAUACUUCCAGCUAUUAAAUAAUAAACGUUCCGGUGGUCUAGGUUAUUCACCCGCUGGUGACGUUUUAAAGGUAGAUAUGAUGAAGAAUUGAUGAAGAGAGGUCAAAACAUUCCAAAAAAAAUCAAACUCAAAUACUCCCUUUGCUUUUUCGUUCGUGUCCGAUGGGAUGCAGAGGAGAAUUAUAUUAGUUCACCCCUAUCAUUUGGGAACUAUACAAUUACAUGUGUAUAAUCUGGCUAUGAAAUGACUAAUUUCUACAGCUGAACUAAUCAUAAUUCAAUUCCGUGAGGUUGAUAAAUUCUCAAAAUAAUUGCGAGAGAGUGGGAAAAAUGAAAUGUCUUCAAUGGUCGAUAAUUCCGAGUCCGACGAACAAAAUUGUAUUGUUCUUUGUGUUUCUCAAAGCUUAACAACAGAACUUUAAAAUGAAAAAAAAAUCCCAAUUGCACUCUACCGAUCCGAACUGAUUAACGAUUGAUGAUAUUCACUUUUGCCCCACUCUACUCUGUGUUAUUAAAAUUUAUCAAUCUCACAUGCUUCAAUGAUGAUUAUUUGAUAUUAAAAUUAGACAUUCAACAGCCAUGUUACUGCACAGCUGUACCAUGGGUAAUCAGCAGGGAAGCACAAAACCAUUAUUUGUACUUAACUUUUUACGUGACUGAGUAUUCUAUCGUUACGGUAUUAACCUAUUGAAUUACUUAUUUAUUGUUAUAAUGAAUUGAAAGAAAAAACAUACAAAGCCAAGUGGAAAAUUUUCCUUUAUGUUAAAUUUCAGUAUUUGUUGAAUCUUUAGUUUUAAAUGUAAUAAUUCAUCGACUGAAUUUUAAGAAACCGUUUGGAAAUAAUAAGCAUAAAAAUCAACGAAAUAGCCAUCACAAUUGUUACAUUUAUUCCCUUUAAAAAAACGACGAAAUGAAAUUGCUAUUGACGUUCGUACGGUGCUUAGCGUUUACAAUAUUGAAUAGAAAAAAAAAAUAUUGUAUUGAUUUAGUACUUUUGUAAGAUGACAAAGGGAUUUACGAAUGCGUGCUAGUCAUCGUUUUUUCAAAUAUUGUAUUUUAGAUCUUGAUUAAAAGGUAAGAAAGAAUUUGUUAAUUUCA